AUGAAGGCUACAAUAACCGCGACGCCUGCAACACCACCAACGACGACACCCGCAAUCCAUACUUUGUUGGAACUUGCUGUUGUUGGGGCCGCAGGAGGUGUUGAAUUGUUGACCGAUCGAUCCGCUGAAGCAUUCGUUCGAGCUCAUUAUUUCGAAACGCGACCAGAUAUCGUCGAAGUUUAUGAAGCCCUUCCGAUCGCAAUCCUACGUGCGGACCUGUUCCGUUACUUAGUUGUUCUCGCCGAAGGUGGAAUUUGGGGAGACUUAGACACUUCGUGCGAGAAAGAAGUCUCCGAGUGGGUACUCGAGGAAUACCGAAAUGAGAACAUCGACAUGAUUGUCGGAUUGGAGUUCGAUUUCGAAUGGCGAGGACCGGAAACAGAAGUGGCUUCCCAGUUCUGCAAUUGGAUAUUUGUCGCGCGGAAGUCGUCGCGCAAUCUUCAAAUUGUUGUCGACACUGUUGUCAAGACCUUAAAGGACAUUGCCCAAAAGAAUUCCGUGGGCAUCGAAGGGAUUACUUUAGAAAUGCUUUCGGACGUCGUCAACGUGACGGGGCCUAAGAAUAUGACGAUCACUCUUAUGGACAGUCUCCAACAAUUGCUCGGUAGGCCCGUCGAUGAUCGCGACUAUGCACAUACUAAACGGCUCAAGUUGGUCGGCGAUGUUUUUGUCAUGCCUGGAGCCGCUUUCGCCGCACUUCAAAACGGAAACCGGACCGAUCAAGGUGAUGUUCUUGUGACCCAUUAUUAUGAGGGCUCGUGGAAGAAGGAAGACGUAGAAGCGAAGGGGCGGAAAAAAACAGAAACAAGAGCAAGAGAAGUAGAGACAAGAACAACAGCAACAGUAACAACAGCAACAACAGCAGGAACAGCAGCCACCAUCAUCACCACCACCUACUGUGACCUGAAAAGAACGAGCGAAGGGCAUCUAGUCGCGAUCCCUAACUAG